AAAUUACCAAAAGCUCUUUAGGGUUUCUCAAUUCGACACAAAAGACCCCUAAAAAUCACUCUGCAAAUCACAAUUUGGCCGAGUCGAAAGAAAGAAAUCGAGUGAUCCGAUUCCGGCGAGAGAGGAAGACGAAACAAAUGGCAUCAUUUCAGGUGAUGCGUUCUUCAAAUUCUAGAAACUCGGAUCUAUCUCAUCGUAUCCCCUCUUCUUCUUCUUCGUCUAUAAGACCUCCUCAACAACAGUUCAUGCGAGAUCUCACUAUUGGCGGUUACGGCGGAAGAAACGACGGAGGUUUAUUAUACAGUUCUACUUCGAUGACGGUUGAAGGUAUUUUACACGAUGCUUUCGCUUCAGAUCCACCUGCACCGACGGAGUCUUCGCUUCUUGACGCUUCGAUUACUCUCAUGGAUGCUUCUCCUGCACCGACCACGGUUGUUUCUGAUGCUGUGGAUCACGGCGGAGGAGGAACGGAGACGACGCGUGAGGGGAGGAGUGUUGAUGAGGUUUGGAGAGAUAUGGUAUCUGGAGAAGGGAAAGGUAUGAAGGAAGAGACGCAGGAAGAGAUAAUGACGUUAGAGGAUUUUCUAGCGAAAGCUGCGGGGGAAGACGAAGGUGGAGCGGCGGUUACGGCGGAGGAUUUGGAUGUGAAGAUUCCGCCGCCGACGAAUUACGGAUUCGAUCAUUCCGCGCCGCCGCAUAAUCCGUUUCAGAUGAUUGAUAAAGUUGAAGGAUCGAUUGUUGCGUUUGGGAAUGGUUUAGAUGUUUACGGCGGAGGAGGAAUAGGAGCUGGUGGUGGUGGUAGUGUAGGUGGAGCGAGAGGGAAGAGAGCUAGAGUAAUGGUUGAGCCAUUGGAUAAAGUAGCUGCACAGAGACAGAGAAGGAUGAUUAAGAAUCGUGAAUCUGCUGCUAGGUCUAGAGAGAGGAAACAAGCUUAUCAAGUUGAGUUGGAAACUUUGGCUGCGAAGCUUGAGGAAGAGAAUGAGUUGCUUUCAAAGGAGAUUGAAGAUAAGAGGAAAGAGAGAUACCAGAAGCUCAUGGAGUGUGUGAUUCCUGUGGUCGAGAAACCGCAGCAGCAGCAGCAGCAACCACCGAGGUUUUUACGCAGGAUUCGGUCUUUGGAAUGGUGAAAAAAAGGUAUAGACUUUUGAAGGAUUUUUAGGAUUUUAAGGGUUACUUUGUGUAUGUUAUGUGUGAUUGAGAGUGGGAUUCAUAAUCUGCAGUAGAGUGUAAUGAUUAUGGUUAAUAACUUAUUAUAUAGAUUGCAUAUGUUACAUACUUGAUCUUGGGAUGCGCACAACCUUUCUCUCUUUGCAAAUAGAGUUUGAAUCAUUACGGUUCGGGUUAGAGAAAAGAGUGAAGUCUUUGGCAAAGUGAAGUGAGAUUUUCCACUUUCUUGUUCUCUUGGCUUUCGAUUUAGCAGAAGAAGUUGGUGCCAGAGAUGAGAUACCUGUAAGGCUGUAACCACCCAUAUUCAGAGGUAAUACACAGACUCGACUCAGGAGUUCAUUAUUGUUUUAGAAGAAUUGAAGGCGUGUUGUAUGGUAACAGAUUUCGACUCUCACAUCUUCGUGCUGCAUAGUCGAGAUAGUACCCACAGAAUCGAGCUCUUUCAUUUGGUUCUGAAGAGCUUGGUCUUUAAUCCCAAACCAAUGCGCCAUGUAUGUGGAGGUAAAGCCAACAGAAGCGCAGUGAACUGCAAAAUAAACUCAAUCUAGUAUACCUUUUGAUGAACACUGAGAAUUCAAGGGCAUUCAAGACCACUGAAAGUCUAGCCAAACCACAAAACGCCGGUUCAGACUUCAGACUGCGUUAUCUCCAAAAAAAGAACCAAACAUGACCUGUACGUAUCUGCCAUCUGCGGAAGAAGAAAAGUAAAUGGCUGAUACAAACCCACCAUAGCCAUCGUUCACCGGAGCAGUUACAGAGGACAGUAAUCUUACACUGGAAGAUUCGUGACUUAUUCAUAAAAGGGGCGAGCUUUACGACAUUCUUUUAACAUUCUUCCAGAAAGGAAGGCAAUGGAUUUCAUUCACGUCUAGUAUCUGGUCAGUUGAUCGGUACUGCCACUUGCACAUUGCAAAUUUUAGAGCAUGUCUUGGUCAUCAGCCGCUUAUAACAUUUACAUUGAAUAGGUUUGAUUUUACUAUAGAUUUGUAUAAGGGUCCCAUGUGGUCUUCUUGAAUAUGAUGUGUAGUAAGGAUACUUUUGUUUUAUAUACUUGUUUCUUCGUA